GCGCGCUCCUGUACGUGGGCCAUCCACUGAUAAAAUUAUUGUAACCAGCUCGUCUCUAAAUAAGAGGCGACUGCGUUUUUCCUGUUAUGGUUUGGUUUGUUUUCGUCUAGUCUGGCACCUGGUUUCUGCUUCUUGCUCUUCCAUCGAUCUGAAUCUGAAUUCUGAGCCCUUUUCCUCAAUGAGCUCAGACAAGAAAGCGGCCAACGCCGUAGGUGGUAAGACGGCCAGAGCCUGCGAUAGUUGUUUGCGUAAACGUGCGCGCUGGUAUUGCGCUGCUGACGAUGCUUUCCUUUGUCAAGGAUGUGAUUCUUCAGUCCACUCAGCCAACCCUUUAGCACGACGACAUGAAAGGGUUCGACUGAAGACUGCAUCUAUCAAGCCUAUGCUUAACGAUGGUUUCUUGGUUGAGAAUUCGGCCCCUGCGUGGCACCAAGGGUUCACCCGCAAGGCCAGAACCCCUCGACAUGUAAAGCCAGCUGCACUGCAACCACCUAAGGUUGAAGAGCCAAUUCUGCUUAACCCGCUUCCUCUUGUGCCAGAGAUGGGCGGCGAAGAAUCUUCACCCGACGACAAUGAAGAACAACUUCUCUAUCGGGUUCCCAUAUUCGAUCCCUUUGUCGCAGAAUUAUGCACGCCGGCCACGUUCAACGAACCAGCGAUGACUACAAACGAUGCGACAACUGCAGAAGAUAUGGGUAGUGAAAGGAAGGCCCUCCUUCCAGACGGCCAUGAUUUUGAUAACGAUCUGACUGGAGAGACGGAUAAGCUACCUGUGUUUCUUCUUUCUGAUAUGGAUAUUGCAGAGUUUGCGGCCGACGUCGAGACCUUGCUUGGGAGAGGGCUCGACGAUGACUCGUUUGGCAUGGAGGAUUUGGGGCUGUUGGACUGUAAGGAGGAAGAAAAUAUGGAGCACUGCUUUAGGAGUGGAAGGGUGAAGGUUGAAGUAGAGGAAGUGGAAGCUGUCGUGGGCUGCCAGCAGGUGGAACCAGGGUUGGGCAUGACCAGAGAAUCGCUGGACUUGAACUUCAACUCUGAUUCACCGACUACUGCAGAGGAAGAAGAAGUAGAAGAGAAGGCGGUGAAGGAAGCAGCGAAUUCAAAUGUGGUGACCAAUAUGAACAGCGGAUAUAAAGGUGACAAGAUGUCGAGCAAGAUAUCGUUGAGGCUCAGGCUCAACUAUGAGGGGGUGAUCUGUGCUUGGGCCAGCAAAGGCUCUCCAUGGACGACCGGCGAACGGCCACAAUUCAACCCGGACGACGACUGUUGGCCCGACUGCAUGGGUACGUACCCGAUGGAGGUUUAUCAUCAUCAUCCAUAUGGAGAGAUGGGAGGUGUUGGGGGACACGUAACUAUGGGCAAUGGAGGAAGAGAAGCGAGGGUGUCUAGAUACAGAGAGAAGAGGAGAACACGGUUGUUCUCCAAGAAGAUACGAUACGAAGUUCGGAAGCUGAAUGCGGAGAAGAGACCCCGAAUGAAGGGCCGGUUCGUUAAGAGGACGUCAUUGAUGGGAGUAGCAGCUCCUUUUCCCUUCUGAAUUCUGUGUUCCGAUCGAGUUCUGACCACGCAGUGACUGUCAUCAAUCAUAUCCUAGGCUGCUCCUGGCUGCCUGUGUUUUUUUUUCUUUGCAACUGAUGAGGGAAAGAAAUCGUAAAUGAUGAGUUAAUUAGUUGGAUCAUGGA